CUAGGCACGGAGCCCAGGCAGUGCUCGGUGAAGGCAGUACAGAGCAGGGGAGGAAUAGCGCUGGGGCAGGAUGCUCUCUGAAAUUAACAAGAAAGUGUGGAUCAGCAUGCUGGGUUCUCUAAUCCAAUGUUUCUGUUCUCAGGAAUAGAAACUGAAAGGGAGAAACACACCCCAGUAAAACAGGGGACAGCCUGGGAGGCUGUACUGAAAGCCAUGGCCACUGGCUGGAACAGAGAUCCUGUAUGCAGAGGCAUCACACAGGGGGGGAAGAUACUCCAGGAGACAUUUAUAGACAGUUAUGACCCAAGUGUCCUUCGAAGGGUGCAAUACAUGCUCUACGAAAUCAAGUGGAGCACUAGCAAAAGGCUCUGGCAGAGAUGUUGCCAUAGCACUCGCACGGAGCAUGCUGAAAUCCACUUUAUAGAAGAUGUCUUUAAGGAGCAAAGAUCUGAUCCUUCUGUCCACUGCUCCAUCACCUGGUACAUGUCCUGGAGUCCCUGUGGGGAUUGCUGCAAGCAAAUCAGGGAUUUCCUGAAGGAACAGCCUAAUGUGAAUCUAGUUAUUUAUGUAGCACGGAUCUAUUGGCACAAAGAGGAAAUCAAUCGUCAGGGUCUACGGAGCCUGAUGAACAUUGGAGUGUCCAUCCAAGUCAUGGACCUCCCAGUUUAUAGCUACUGUUGGAGAACAUUUGUCAAUGAUGAGGACAAGGAUGAACAUGAUUAUUGGCCCAGGCACUUCGCUCCAUGGAUAAUGCUAUAUUCUCUCGAACUCCAGUCCAUCCUUCAGAACAUUCCCUCUUGCUUAGAGAUUUCAGCAGGUGAGAACCAGACUCCAAUUUUCAGCCUAUGUGUAGAAGAUGAGGAACAGAAAAGAGCACUCGCAUCAGCCAAUCGCAUGAAGACAGAAACAACCGUCAAGGUCUUUGUGACCUUGAUGAAUGGAACCACCAUUAGAGUCAUGGUCUUCUCAGUAUUGUAUAGGAAUUGUCCAUUGAGAAUGAACAAUUGUAGGCCAUGUGGUCUUGGGGAGGAGGCAUUGGAGGCACCUCAGUUUGUCUGCCUUCCCUAUGUCUCUCUCUGUGCACCAGGUGACUCUAUUCUCUUUCCCACAGAUCAUGUAUCCAGAGGCAUCAGGCAGGGGGGGAAGAUAUCCCAGGAGGCAUUUAUGGAGAAUUAUGACCCAAGUGUCCUUCCCAAUGAGACUUACCUGCUCUAUGAAAUAAAAUGGAGCAGUAGCAAAAGGUCCUGGCAGAACUGUUGCCAUAACACCCUCUCAGAGCAUGCUGAAAUCUACUUCCUGGAAGAUGUCUUUAAAAAGCAAAGAUCUGAUCCUUCUGACCACUGCUCCAUCACCUGGUACAUGUCCUGGAGUCCCUGUGGAGACUGCUGCAGGGCAAUCAGGGGUUUCCUGAAGGAACAGCCUAAUGUGAAUCUAGUUAUUUAUGUAGCACGGAUCUACUUGCACAAAGAGGAAAACAAUCGUCAGGGUCUACGGAGCCUGAUGAAUAUCGGAGUGUCCAUCCGAGUCAUGGACCUCCCAGUUUAUAGCUACUGUUGGAAAACAUUUGUCGAUGAUGAGGACAAGUAUAAAGAUGAUUAUUGGCCCAGGCACUUCGCUCCAUGGAUAAUGCUAUAUUCUCUCGAACUCCAGUCCAUCCUUCAGAACAUUCCCUCUUGCUUAGAGAUUUCAGCAGGUGAGAACCAGACUCCAGUUUUCAGCCUAUGUGUAGAAGAUGAGGAACAGAAAAGAGCACUCACAUCAGCCAAUCCCUGAUCGCCGCCAGUAUCCUGGCCUGGGCAGCCAACCAGUCUCUGGAAGUGUAUUGAACCAGCCAUCAUGGGGGAGGGAUGUUGAUAGGACACUAGGAUGUUUAAUCAUUUCCAUUUGAUUUAGUUACUCGUAGCCAUUUCCUUCCCAUUGGUUCAGCUUGUAGCCUUUUGAAAAGUGAAUCAUGUUUACAUGUUUAAUGUUGUACAAUGACUGGGUCAUGUUAACACCUGUGACUCAGUGUACAGGUUUAUUCCAUCACAGUUAACACAAAAGUAUCUUUCUUAUUCUGUAGCCAAUGCUGUUUCACCAAAUGAACAUAACUCUAUAUGCUUUGCUUUGUGUAAUGCAGUUUAUAAGGAACUAACUCAUUAUUCAUUUACAUAUAUAGCGAUCUUAGAGAGGAUUUAUUCUCUUGGGUUAUUUGUUUGAAUUAUUUUUCUCUUGGUAGAUUUCUAGGUUUUACUUUCUCUGUCUUUUGUCAACUUAAUAUUUGAAUAAAAUAUCUAUAAUCGAAGGAA